AUGGACCCAACCCCAAUAUACCAUCAUAUCCAAGAUCGUUAUGGUGAAUUGGCCGAUCGAUCUUCCACCAACGAGCAGAAGGAAGCCGAGAAGAAUAUUGCCCAAGCAUUUGGCUACGACUCUGCAGACCUCAGGUCAAUUCCCCGGGCUGCAAACCUUGGAGUGAGCUGUGGGAAUCCCUUGGCCCUAGCUAACUUGCGAGAGGGCGAAACAGUGAUUGAUCUCGGGAGUGGCGGUGGCAUCGACGUCCUGCUGGCAGCCAAAAAAGUCGGCCCGAAAGGGAAAGCCAUUGGUGUGGACAUGACGAAGAAAGCGGGUGGUUUCAACGCGUCCUUCAUCGAAGCUUCGAUCACGUCUAUCCCUCUGGCAGACGCCACCGCCGACUGCAUUAUCAGCAACUGCGUAGUGAAUCUCGUUCCUACAGCUGAUAAGCAUCUUGCGUUCAACGAGAUGUUCCGCUUGCUGGGACCCGGAGGCCGUCUUGCCAUCAGUGAUAUCCUGACUCGAAGGGAACUCCCCCAAAAGUGGUCAACAGUCUAUCUUUCUACGUGGGAUGCAUCGCAGGGGCGAGCCAGGUCCAUGAAUAUCGUGAUUGUUGAUACCCACAGUGACAUCAACAUUUACAAAGAUUUGGUUCAGGGUCAGAUGGAUUCUGGAGAGACAAACGACCGGUCGGAACCAUCCGGUUGCUGUGGAGGAGCACAAGAAAAGAAUGACACUGAGGAAGACUUGCUGGAGUGUGACUUCAAUGAAUGGGCUGGCUCGUUUCAAAUUUAUGCGGUCAAGCAGUAG